CUCCGCUGCCAUGGCCCAGCCCCUGUGCGCGCCGCUCGCCCAGUCCUGGAUCCCGGGCCCCGCUCGUCGUCCCCCGCUGGUGCCUUCCGACGGGGACAGCGUCUGCUCCCCGGCCUGGUACUCGGACUCGUGGGACGCGUCACCUCGUGGUUGCCCGCUGUGCCCCGACGGCGGCCCCGCGCAGGCGCAGGCGCUCGGUCUGCAUCGGAGCCCCGCUGCCUGCAGCGGGGUGUCGUGGGGGUCCCCGCCCGCCUGCCCUGGACCCCGAGUCGUCGCAGAGCCCUGGGACCCAUCGUUCCUGUACGCCGAGACAGAGGCAGCGUCCUUGGAAAGGCAGGAGAUGGAGCCCAGCCACUCGUCUCCGCUUUUCAGCAGCGACGUGCUGGCUCUGCUAGAAACCUGGACGCCGCAGGAGUGGCCGCCAGCCUGAAGCGUCAAAGGGACUAGGGAUGAUCGGCACCCGGUCUGAGCACAGAGACUUUUCCUUUUGCCUCCGCGAGUAUUUCCUGGAAGAGGCACCAGCGAUACCAACGUGGGCAUUCCCGGGGUGGGAGCCUCAUCUAGAUCGCACCUUCCCAAGCCUCCUUGGGAAGGAGGGACUCAUAGGGUAAACGUUCUGAAACUGAAGCAGGCACAAGACGCCGCUUGGUGUGUAUUUAUUUAUUUGUGAAUAAACCGUUUGUGCUGGUGUCA